AUGACCAGCGCCGGCAGCACGUCGCUAGGAGGCGUCCCCCGUCUCCACUUGACGCCCGAGUGCCGCGCGCGCUUCGAAGCCACGAGCGACGACCUCGUCCAGCGCGCGCUCACCGCGUACCAAGAGUUCCACCGCAGCAACCCCCGCGUGCCCGCGCGAGACGACAGCAGCAAGAGCAGCAGCAGCAAGGUCGCCGGUGGCAAGGCGCACCGCUGGAAACUCGUCAAGCGGAGAAAGUCGCUCAGUCUCUACCGCCAACGGGACACCGGGACGCGCGGCCCGCAUGAAGAACGCCCGUUUCUCUGCAGCGGAGUCGUCCCCGGCACAGUCGAGGACAUGGUCAGCGGCGCGUACGCAGACGAGACCGAGGCCAUGCGCAUUGCCACGAGCAUCGUGAUCAAGAACACGUGCCUCGACGCCCGCGUGGUGCACGUGUUCGACCGGAACGCCGUCACGAGCAGCGUCGUGUUCUCGGGCAUCAAGUGGAUGGCGCUCAAGACGCCCACGAGCGCGUCGCUGAUCCACGACCGGGAUUUGCUCUACUACAACCGUCUCGGACGGAUCGUGGAUUGCCACGGCCGGUACUUUGUCUACCACGUCAUGGACUCGAUCGAGCUGGACGAGGUGCCGGCGGAUCGCCAGCACAACUUGAAACGGGGCACCGUGUCGCUCUGCUACCUCUUUCGACAGGUGCAAGAGGAACUCGUGGGCUGCUUUGUCAUUGGGAGCUCUUCCAUGGGCGGCACGCUCCCUCGCAGUGUCGGAGACCUGCUGACAGCAGAGAGGAUGCUCUCCGUCGGGAACUUCCUCCUGGUUGCAAGGGCGAAAGCUUACUCGGCUCGAGCAGCGCAGAAUGCAGAGCGCCUGCCGUCCACGAGCAACUCGUGUGACGUGUGCAUGAAGAAACCGAACCUACUCAGCGGGUCUUUGAAACUCUGCUUGGGCUGUCGCCGCAACACGUGUCGGAAGUGCCACGAGUGGUGCACGGUCUUUCGACUGGACUUGCACUCGCAGAAGCCUGGGAAGGAACGCUUUUGCACGCAGUGUAUCUCGGACGUGACGCGCUUGACCAUGUCGUCCUUUUACAUUUGCAGUCUCAACGAGUCCACGAGCAACGGCAGCCACGACCACCAGCAGCAGCACUUGCAUUGUGGCGGGGGUAGUCACUACCCCACGUCCACGUCCGUGUCCAUGUCCACGUCCAGCGCGAAACAACGAAAUAGUCCGUUGACGUCGUCGCAGAGUCAGGGGUACUCGGAAAUUGACUCGGACGCGUGGAUUCCAGCACCAGCGGACUUGCCGGAGAACCUCGAUGGCCUUGCCAACUUUGUCGAACGAGCAAGUCUUGCCAAUGAAAUCGACAUGCAAUGGAACCAAGACGAGCUCGAUUACUACUCGGAUGUGUUGCGGGAAUCGGGCCACUUUACGUGUUCUCAAGUGCUGGAACGCAGUGCAAGUAGCACGAAUCGACGGGUUCCAAGCUCGUCGAAAAACCUUCACAUGAGCACUUCCCUCCCGGUACUUGGUCAGGACAAAUUCAAUCGCAGAGUCUCUCGAAGCUGCUUAGCGGACGAGAACUUGGUGCCACUUCAGAAAUGCUUUAGUGUCGACGAACUCGAUUGA